AUGCGCGAAGACAUGACCGAAACGAUGGCUCACAAACCAGAGGACGACUUUAUGCCAAUACAGAGACAACUGUUUGUGGAUUUGGUUAAAGAGAGCAAAGGCUGGUCAUCGCCGGUGACGGCCGAGAAGUGGCGCGAAUUGGUCCACAAGAACCGCACUUACGGCCAAAAACUGAUGGAUGGCUGCGUUGAGACCUAUAAGGCAAAGGCACACUCACACCACUCACACCAUCAAACGCCACACCAAAUCACAUCCGAUGACAACUAUUUACUAAACAAUGAGUCAAUGAGUGAAACCAUUGGUCGUAUAAUUGAAAAACAAAAGCGAAUUAAAAAUGUGAAUGAAUUGAUUGUCGAGAAAAGAGUACAAUUGAAUGCCAUUAAAGCCGAAGAAAAUCGUUCGCAACUUAUGUCUGAAGUGUUGAAACAGGAGCGACGCCUCGACCGCCUCUUCCCGAACGGCUUCUCCGCCGACUCUCCAACACUUCACCGCCCGAUCGCAGCGCAGAUGUCGUCUCCUCUUCGGAAUCGAUUUCAACCAAUGGAUCCAUUCUUUCUCAGAAAUCAAUUCUUCUUUUUAUAG